CUGUUUGGGGACUCUGUAAGGACUUAAUGCGUCUGGACUACAGGGUCGAAGUGUUAUAACGCUCGUGUUUGCCUCAGUUUGCUGUCAGAUUCUUAGCUCUCCCUCUAAAAUGCAGGGUGACUCAGGCAGGAGACAUAGAUGUUCUCGUUAAAAGGAGAAACUAACGCUGCUAUUCCCGCGACAUCAUCAUCCCACACUAGUGGAGCUCCACGGUGCGCGAUGUGAUGCUCAGUCCUGCACAGUAGCAGCUACGGGAGACGUGCUUAUCCCUGCCACAGGCGCACAGGAGCACGGGAGGAGGAGGACUACAGGAGCGGCCAGCGGCACCGGACACACCGUGAAACAGGACGCCUUUCCAGGGGCUGCUGUCCCCUUGCCUCCCACUCUCUCCAGCGAUGGCAUCCACGGAUCGAUCAGCGGGAGCGCCUUGAAGCUCUGAGCGAUGCAAUCUCUGUUUGGAGGCGGAGGGGAGCUGGGGCUGCUCGGUGGAGGCGGCGACGCAGGAGGCCUGAAGGAGGAUGGCUGCGGCAGCGUUGCGUGGCGGUCUUCGCCGCUGCCCCAUGAUGAAGUCUACUCAACCUCCCACUUCGCCCUUAUCACCGCCUAUCAGGACAUCAAGACCAGGCUGGCCUGCCUGGAGCGGGAGAACACCAGCAUCAAGAGGAAGCUGAAGAUCUAUGAGAUCAAGUUCCCCAUGAUCAAUGAGUUUGGUGAGGACACUAACUCCUACUGCUCAUUUGAGAGCAAAGAGACGGCGAUGCUGCACUCAGAAAACGGCAGCCUGCAGCAGAGAGUCAACGCCCUGACCCACGAGCUCCAGAAGAGAAAGGAGCGAGAGGAACAGCUGGAGGAUGUGAUCAAGGCUUACGAGAAGAUUCACAUGGAGAAGAACAACCUCCAGAGGGAUCUCGACAAGAUGACCAGUUUGGUGGAGAAACACGUUGAGCGGAUCCUGAGCCUGGAGUCAGCUCUGAGGCAGAGGGAAAACUCCCUGCAGAAACUCAACAUGCAGCUGCACAGCAAAGACAUGCAGUAUCUGCAGCUCCAUGCUGGCCCAGACGCGCACAUGCUUGACUGCCCGGCGUUGACCCUUCAGAGCUCCCGUAGCCUUGACGCCCUGUCCGACCUUAAGCUGCAGCGCCUGGAGGCCGAGCUGGAAGGGGCGCGGCACGAAGCCCAGGGGGCGUGUCAGCGGGAGGAGGAGCUGAAGGCAGAGUGCGAAAGACUAAAGGACGAGAUGAGACAGCUGCAGAACAGCCAGAGGGAAAUGACUUCUCCGUGCAAGCAGUGUGAUGUGGAGUGGAUAAAGAAGGUGGGAGAUGAGCAGGUGAAUUUGGCUCUGGCAUACACGGAGUUAACGGAGGAGCUGGGACGCCUCCGUGCGCUGAGCUCCAAGCAGACGGAGAUCCUGAGGAAAGCCACGCAGGAGCAGGCUAGUCCAGUCCAGCUUCACUCUCCCAUACACCACCAGCGCCACUCCCCAGUAUCGCAGCGCCACUCGCCCAUUCCACAGCGCCAUUCUCCAGUCCCGCCUCCGCCGCACCACUCUCCUAUUCAGCAGCGACGCUCUCCGGUGCUGCAGCGCCUCUCCCCGGACAUGCACCGCCGCUCACCCCUGCUGGACGUGAACGAUGGACCAGCCUCUUACUCCUGCCGACCACCCAGCCAGCACCUACGAGCCAGCUUUCAGGGUCGUCGUAGUUACUCAGAGGUUGCCGAUCCCUCGGCUUACCAGUGCCCGCCCCGCUUCUCUCUGGACCCAGUUUCCACCCUGCCGAAACCUCGGCCCUACGUUGAGAGCUACGCAAAACAGCAGUCCCAACACAUAGGCUCUCCCCACAGUAGACUGCAGCACAGAGUGUCCCCAUCUCCCCAUCAAGGUGGCGCAGGGGGAGACGGAGGCCAUGACGAGAGCUCCAUGCGCCACUCCAGAGAGAUGCCAUUUCCACUGUCAGAGGUGGCCCACCUUCACUUUGAGCCCCCUCCUCCUUCCACACCAGCCCCUCAACCACCACAAUCCUCAGAGGAUGAGGAGGAGUGGACCUGUCCGCAUCCCAUCAGCCCUCCGAGGACACUGGGCGUGCUCUCUGCUGCAGUGCCCAGCGGUGUCAUGAGGGGCCCAGCAUCCUGCUCAGCCUUUCCCGUCCCUCAGAGGUCUAACACCCUCACCUGUCACCCGCAGCCAGGGUACAUGUCAGCAGAGCAUGCUCAGUCCUGGCCGUCAAUCAAUCUCUGGAUGGAGACCGAAGAGAGUGACAUGAGGAGCUGCCCUCUCUGCCAGCUGAUAUUCCCGGUCGGUUACCCUGACGAUGCCCUCAUCAAGCACAUCGACUCCCACCUGGAGAACAGCAAGAUAUGAUUGUCAUGGCAACCAGCCCGCGCACAUCUGCGCUCUCUUCUUAUAGAUUAUGUAAGAGAUUAGCAGACCUGGCGAGAGAGGAAGUCAAAUGUACACAAACAAGCCAUCCAUUUAGGGUGUGAACCAGUUAGCUGCUGUAUGUGUGACGCUAUAGGUAGAGAUGCAAAGUGGCGCAGAGGUUUAUUUUAUUUUGGAGGAAUUUAAAAAUAGGUCUACAUGCAGAGUCCCUUACUGAUUGCCCUUAAGACAGAUCUGCCUGUAUAAUCACUGGCUCUGGUUGCUGCUAUUUGUUUAAAAGUCUUGUUGUGCAGUGUUCAGGCAAUUUAGGGUAUUGUGUUGUCUUUUUUUUAUUAUUAUUAUUAUUCUUUUUUCUUUUUCCGCUAAAGUGUGGAUUUGAUUUAGCAAAGUAAAUUGUGAGAGGCACACUGGCAGGUUCAGGGGCUCUGCAUGCCAAAAUGUUUGUCCAGCAGUAAAAGUUCAGGGAGCUAUGGCGCAACUAUUCUCACCACUUAGCUUUAAAUAUUCCUGCUUGGAAAUUUUCUAUCUCGCACAGACACACACAUACACACACAGACGCGCACUGCAGUUUAUUUUACAGAGGACCCUGCGCAGUAAGUGCCAAGGACAAUGCCCUGGUAGAAGCUGGUCUAAUGAGAUGAUCAGACAGCCGUACGAAAGCAUGCGGGGAAAGUCGUUUUAAGUUUCUGACGCCGAAGGAAGGAAAUGCCAGUUUCACUUCUCUGAAACAAGGAAGUUUGGCAGUUAAGAAAGUAUAAAACAUUCCAGUCUUUCAUUUCAUCUGCUGAGAGAAAAACUGACAAACUGGAGAACAUGAAUCUGAAAGGAUGUGUGAGUGAGCCAGAAAGCUCCAAAUUUUGUGUUUUGAUAUUGCCCUGCAGGGCGGGGCACCGAUGAAGAUACUUUAAGAGGAGGGAAAUUUUAGUCAGUAUAUACCUUUUAUGCUUGCAGCCUGUUCAAAUCGUAUCUUAGCCCUUUCAGUUAGCAUAGUCUAUACAAUGUAUCAGUUUUCAGUCCCUAUAUAUAUUUUCAAUAUGUAAUUUACUAUUUAUAUUGUCUAUCUGUAAGGCAAAAAAUAUGAAGUUAUAUUUUUGCAAAUGUCAACGCACCACAUGUCUCAUGCUGGUGAAAAAGAAUCUUUCCCAUGUGCUUACAUGCUGCUACACACAGCAGACUCAAAGCUCAAAAUCCCACCGAACGGGAUACUUUCUGUACAAAGAAUAUCAACUGGGAUUCUUCUCAGUCUUCCUCCAGAUCUGACCUUCGUAAAAGAUUGAUGUCACGACUGCCCAGACCGCCCAACAAAAAACUAAAACACACAGCUGGUUGCAUGAGAUCAAGACAUCUGACCUGCUUUGAAGAAAAAGUGGCAGGCUUUUUAGUGUACUAUUUUUACUGUCUCAGAGAUCUGACAUCAAAAACACCAUCGCCAAUCAGCAAAGUUAUCUCUCCAGGGUUUAAGCAAAGACGAGACUCUUCUUUUGAUACAUGUGUUUAAUUUUUACCACAAGGGAACUCAAGAUCUCUUUGUGGGACCUGAACUUUUUGAACACAAAAAGUGAAAACAACAAAAAAAAAACACAGUUACACUGAUGUCAGCUAAUCCGAGGCUUUCAGUUACAUGUGCAGUUUCUAACGUUUGGGGAUGUCCCUACAAAGCCAACCAUGCAUCUCAACCGGUUUGAAGUUACUGAAGAGAGGAACGCAGCAGAUUAGAGCACACAGGGCAGCGACUGUGACCGCAGGAUGACGAUGGACGUGUACCAUAAUGUGACGCACUCUUGAGCAAAUCACUGAAUCACUGCAAACUCUGGAUGCUUUGAGUUUCCUGUGAAUGUUUAGAGGAAAGAGUUUUCCAAAUGGAUCAAAGAAAUGCCAGUUUAAAGGAUGACUCUGGUUUAUUACCACUUGCCUCUUAAUUUAUCAGGUUUUAACAUUUAUUAUUGGUUCUGAUGACUCUGCAAUCAUCUGCUUCACUGCUGAAAAUUCAAAAAAAUCUUACUAAUCAAUCAAGCUCUCUCAGUUUUCUCAAUAUUGUGAACACUGGCAUUUUUUAAAUGUUGCAUGCCGUAAGCCGACUUCAAUUGAUCAGUGAAAUUUAUUUUUAAAACGUUAGCGACGGACUCAACAGUAAAGUUCUGAGGCAUUAGCAAGCUAGUUAACUUAUUAGCAUACCACCAGGUUUAAAUUUUAACAGAUGUGUUUGCACCGCUGAGUUCUGCAAAGUUCAUAUUCUAACUGAAGAGGUUAAAUCAAAAGUACUUGCUGGUAGUCACUCGGUGAAAUUGGUUGCAAAAAGGUAUAUAAGGCGCUACACCAAAAGCCUCCUCGUGAUUGUCUUGGAGUGUAGGAGAUUGCCAUCUUCGUCUACUUUGGAUGGAAGACACAGACUUGUCUGUAAAGCUUUGCCAACUACUUGGUAAUUUGGGUGCAGAACUGAAAACUGUGCAAUGCAAAACAGAGAAUCAGGCUAUUUGCCUUCAAAGUAAAAUUUGCGUCAUUUGAAACGUGUCGGUUUCAGUGGUAAAGUACAGCUUUUACUUUGAAGGCAAACGUUCUCCGUUUCUGUUUUGUGUCGCACUUUUUCAAGUUUCGUUACUGCUAAGUGGUUAGUUAGAGAAGUUGGCAUCCUCCAGUGACCACAGCAGUAUAUUAGUGACCAAAGCAAUCACGAUAAACGUCAUCAGCACUGUAAAAUUAGCAAUUUGAUCCAAAACAAUCACAUCUUUCAAAUCCAAAUAAAGUGGAUCUGGUGCCUAAGCCUCACCAACAAACCAGCAAACCUUAAAAACUGCACCAGAUGAGACUCAAACACAUCUACCAGCACACCUUACUUUUGCAUCGGGUGACUCAUGAUGCUUUUUUUGCUGUUUUAAAGUGGAAAUUAUAACUCAGAAAAAGUCACCAUCCACUGCUACAGACUUAAAAUGCUUAAGUGUUUUAAAUAUAGUACUGAAGAUUUUUAUUUAUUGAUUAUUAUUAUUAUUAUUGGCAUUGCAAGAGAGCAGAGCAAGGUUAGAAAGUCAUUAUGAUAACAGUCACUCAGCAUUAUCACACCUUUUUCAAAAUGUAUUUAAAUAAAGAAAGCAUGCAUAUAGUACACAUCUGGAAUCUCCAACAAUGAGUGACGAGCGGCAACACAAGCUGUCGUCUGAGCUCAUCUCGAUCGUCUAAAAGCUCGCCGUAAACAGGAAUCUGUUACACUUUAACCUUACCUUCCAUUUGACGUGAGUGUGUUACAAGCUGUGGUUCUGUAACUUUGUUACUUUUGGAAUUUUCUUGAUCUAAAAUUGAAUGUAAAAAAAAAACCUGUGUGAUUUACUUUAAACGCUCUGUGUUGUUGUGUCGUUUGCAUGAGGUGUUAACAGGGGUCUUUCAGCGGCGAGGUCAUUGUCAUCUUGUAGUUCAAAUGCCUUCCAUGGAUGAAUCAUUUUCUUUCUUUUCUUUUUAAAAUAGGAGCAAGGUGGGGGGGCGAAGAGAGCUCUAUGUAACACCUCUGCUAACCAAUUUCCUGGGGGAAAACCUAAACUAUUAAGAAUUUCACAAGAAAAUGGUCAGGUUCAGAGAAGUUCAAAAUAAGUGCAUGUAGCAGAUUUCCUUAAUUCUUAAUGCAAGAAUUAAGGAAAUCUACUACAUGCACUUAUUUUGAACUUGAUGACAGCUUGUGUUUCCUGCCCAGUCUGAUACUUAAGAACAGGGAGGUGAUUACAAACUUAUUGAUGCUAAAAAAGAGCUGAAUUAAAAUAAACCAGAAUUGUCCUUUAAAACUGCAUCCUGAGGUUUACAGUAACUUCAGAGCAGUUCUUGACCAUUAAAUCGAAGAGGGCUUUCAUGGCUCCAGAGUAUUCUAUAUACUGUCUGUACAGUUUGUAACUAUAUCACUCUGUGUACAAUAUUUAAAGCUGUGUAUAGACAGAAUUUUUGCAAGUGUGUAAUACUAAUGAAACAUGUACUCUAUUACUCAACAACUUCAAAUUGGAGUGUCUGUAAAUCAGUAUAUACACAUAAUCCUAAUCAACACCACACUAAAUAUGAAUUAUAUGUGAGUUACAUGCCAGUACUACCCUACAACUUUACUCACUACUUACUUUUACUCACUAAGUAGCGGUACUUUCUAUAUUCAAGUGAUAUCCAAAAACACGGUUGCAGCUUUCAGAGAAAAACCUGUGUUUGUCUUAAAGUUUCGGUCCUUACAGAAACUUUUUGACACAUUUUUUUCCGACUUGACUGAUAAUUCAGCAACGACACGAGAAUCAAAAACAUGCACAGCUGUUUGUCUUUGUGGAGGAAGAUGAUGCGACGUUGCACCAUAAAGUAUUUGUGCAGCAGUAGAAAACUGCAAACCAGUACAGUAGUACAUGAUAAACUUUAAUGUAAAGGGGACCUAUUAUGCUUAUCCUUUUUUUUUAUAGUGGAUGUUCAUCUUUAAACGUGACCAAAGUUUCAAAUAAUGAGGUCUGUGUAGGUACAAGAAAUCCCUUUGAGCCAAAAGCUCAGGCAUUUUAGUUUUUGAGGGGCAGCCAAUCAACAGAAAGCUGCUUUAAAGUGUGCAGGACAGGAUGUAAUGACAUCGUUUCAGAUAGAAGUCCAGUAGAAAGUGAAUUUUAAUGAAGGGUCAAUCAUGCAAUGUUACUCCAGUAGAGUCCAAAAUAGCAUAAUAUGUCCCCUUUUAGUUAAAACAUGAUUAAAUCACUAAGAUGUGUACUUUUUCUUAUGACUGAGGACCCAUGUUGGCUCAGAACCAAAGAAAAUAAUUUCCUGUCGUUUCAAAAACUGAGGGUUUGCUUGGCAGGUAGUUCAUGUCAUGUAUGGGAAGAUGCUGCACUGUGGUUCAUGCUGUCUUGUGCUCAACCACAAACGUUUUGGCCAGCAGCAGCGGUGCAGAAUGAUCACACCCUGCAUGAGUUCACAAUGCGAUGCACACGGAUGUUCACACAACAACACAUUCGCGCAUGCACGAGCCGCCCCGAGGCCCACCGAGUGAAGUUUAGAAUCGCCGGUUCAGGGUUUCAAAUGUUUCAUUUCCAGCUGCCAUGGUUUAAAAAGUCAAAAAGCUAAAAUCAUAGCGCUUUCUUCUUAUUUCUCGUGUUUUAACAGCAAACUGGCUCCUUUGGUUUACUCAGGAGACUAACAAAGACAGAAAAAAAAAGAUCAGCUUUGCCAGCGUUAAAGAUUAAAUAGAUUUCUUUGUCAUGAAAUCUCAGUCUAAAUUUCUUUCAGAUUUACUCAGGAGACACAUAGCUAGGUCCAACAAAGAGCUGCAGCUGAAAUCAAGUCAGUUUUCUGUUCUCGUGUAGCUCCACUUGCCCACGAGUAACUAUGUGAGUCAGGUUGUCUAAAUGCGAAACCUUCACUGCACACGGAGACCUCGGCACUAAUGAACUCUCCACAACACUAAUGAGAACUAAUAUUUAUGUGUUUAAGUAACGUGUGGUGGAGCAACGCUGCUGGCAUUCAACAAGUUUAAUGAACACAAAGAAAACAACCACAGAGCCACACAAAGAGGCCGCUUUUCUUUCUCCAUCUCAAUCUCUCUGUUUGUAAAUAUUCCACUAAAUAAACUGAAACUUGCACUGAAA